GCGCCGAAGCUCAAUGAUCCUGAAUGUGUCAAUUUGCGAUGCGACGCGCAGAGAGCAGCGUGAUGUGCUCCAAGUAGAAGUCCUGUGGGGACUGGAUCACACCAGAGGGGCGAGGCGGGCACACUGGAGCCUUGUGGGCGCCUGUUAGGACAAUUCAGCAAUAGAUUUUUUACCCAGAGAGCAAGCGGCUCUCUCUUGGCUGCCGUGCUUAAUGGUGAUCAGGGUGAGCAGGGUGGUCUCCGUCUCCAUCAGUCUCUCUCCCCUCCACAGCGCACAGGCGCCCUGCACUCCUGUCUGCUGACACGCCGGUAGCAGAGUCCGCACACCACGUCCGUAUCAUUGGACUCUAUGUGGAUACAAAGCCAGGGGAACACAGAUCCAUGGGGAUACUUUAGUAGGAAUUGUAGCCUUCGACCUUUACAUGAAAACAGUGCAGCACUGAAGGAUUUGGGCGAUCCAGAGAGCCAGUACUGGCCUUCAUUUGACUGCGUGACCAGCGGAUGAGCAUUGUUCAUGCGUCUCCCUGAGUGCCACUCCCACAUAACUAUGAACUGUGAGCAGGACUUUGGAGAUGGGGGCUUGGGAGUGACCCUCACGCUUCGACUGCUCAUGCACGGAAAGGAGGUUGGCAGCAUCAUAGGAAAGAAAGGAGAGACUGUGAAAAGAAUACGAGAGGAGAGCAGCGCACGGGUCAACAUCUCAGAGGGCUCCUGUCCAGAGAGGAUCAUCACCAUCACGGGCUCCACAGACAGUGUCUUCAGAGCCUUCACAAUGAUCACAUACAAAUUAGAGGAGGACCUGACUGCACUCGUGGCCAACGGCACCAUCACCUCCAAGCCACCAGUCACCUUGCGGCUGGUCAUCCCUGCCAGCCAAUGUGGCUCUCUCAUUGGGAAGGGAGGGGCCAAGAUCAAGGAGAUCAGAGAGAGCACCGGAGCUCAGAUACAGGUGGCAGGGGAUUUGCUGCCCAACUCUACUGAGCGGGGGGUGACGAUAUCUGGGAGUCAGGACUCGGUAAUCCAGUGUGUCAAGCUCAUCUGCACAGUAAUCCUGGAGUCUCCCCCGAAGGGUGCCACCAUCCCCUACCGGCCAAGCCCUUCACCAGCUGCCCUCCUCAUCUCGGGGAAUCAGGUGUUUGAGGCAUCAGAGUUUGCACCCCACCCUCUGUACUCAGUCACGCAGGGUGGCCUCGACCUCCAGCAGGCCUACACUGUGCAAAACCAAUAUGGCAUUCCACACUCAGAGUUGGCCAAGCUACAUCAACUGUCAAUGCAGCAAAGCCUCAGUCCAAUUGCCCAGCCUGCUUCAACUCUCAUACCUGGGAUGGACUCGAACUCUCAGACAUCUCAGGAGCUGCUUAUUCCCAAUGAUCUGAUAGGCUCAAUCAUCGGCCGUCAGGGCACUAAGAUCAAUGAGAUCAGGCAGGUGUCAGGAGCUCAGAUCAAGAUUGGCAGCCAGCUGGACGGCACCAGUGACCGUCAUGUCAUCAUCACAGGAACACCGAUCAGCAUCAACUUGGCCCAGUACCUCAUCACCUCCUGUUUAGAGACAGCCAAAUCCACAGCCCAGGCAGCCACCAUGGCCACUCCAGUCGACCUCAACAUGGCCUUCACCCAGCCAGCCUCCCCAGUUGCCUCUCCAACUCCCACCCUGGCAGCCAUGGGUGCCCUCACCCCAGCUCAUGUCCUGGGCGCCCCCUACGGUGCCAUGCCGCUCUCCGGCCUGCUAGGAGUGAAGUCCGUUCCCUUCCUGACUCUGUCCAGCCCCGCCCCCACCGUGGCCGUCACCGCAGCUCCCACUCUGGCUGCUUACACCACCAAAAUCUCCUCAGCCAACUGCAUCAAAAAGCCUGAGAGACAGAAGUUUGCUCCCUACUGAUGUAGCCUCUGCGUCUCCGUGUCCGGAGAGUCAGAUGAAGGACAGUCAUUCAGUGUUCUUCUACAAACGCCUGAUGUAGCCAUAUCCGCUGGCAGAGAUUCUCUUGACUUUACUCUAUGAUGCACCAACAGAGAAGAGACCAAUGGAGAUUUGGAAAACAGCUAUUCUAAGUUAUUCACAUAUAUAGAUAAGUUGUGAGUUUCCCAUGAAUUGAUGGACUGCUUUCACUUUCACCUCAUCACUGUUAAUGAUCACUAAUGCAGGGCUGGAACCUCACCUGAGAAACACAUGUGGUUUAAAAAACGCACGGUGGUUUUACAUGUGUAUCUCAAGUCAGAGAGCAGCCAGAAGUAUUUAUCCUUCCGUAAAUUUGUAAAUUAUACUCAAAUGCUCUACUGUAUGAUGCUUUUAUACAAUGUCUAUGUUUGCCUCUUGAAGUUUUUAAGAAAAUUUGUAAAUGUUUGGGGUGGGGGGGUUGUUUUUUAAUAAUUUAUGCUAAGGUACUGUACUGUUCUGUACUGUUCAGUGUUAUGUUUGUUUUGUUGGAUGAUUUCAUUUAAAA